AGGAAUGGAAAGAGAGAGGCGGGGAGUUUCAUAUUCAAACAGACAGCGAAAGACCUCGGAUACGCAAACUAGCCCCCACCAGACACCACCCAUUGUCUCAAUACCCAAACACAACAGACAUCAGAACCUCCUCUUCUUCCCUGUCUCGGCUUUCGUGCCAAUUUUUAAGCCCCCUGCCCCACUCUAUCUGCAGUCUGCACAAAAACCACCUUCACUUUCCUUAAACCCAAAACACAUUAUUAAGCUAAAGUUUGAAACUUUCUUUGUUUCUCCCUAUAAAACUAGGGUUUAUAGAGAUUUAAAGAUGUGCCCUUUACUUCUCCUUCUAGGUUCUGCUUCUCAUGGUCUUUCUCCCUUGCUACUGCAGUUCCAUGGGAACUGGUUUCUCCCCAAAAGGUUCAAAGACAAUGGUAAUGCAGUUGAAGAUUGUCAUCCCUUUGAACAUUGAACAACAAAUAUUACUUACUUUAAGGUACUGCAGAAUUUAUGAACUGAUAUAAUUAGACAUGAAGUAGGGAAUGAAGCCAUCGGUCCGUGUAGCAUAGGGUAAAUGUAUAAUAUUUUACAGUUCUUGUAAAAUUGUAGUGUGUUCUAAAAUUCUUUUAGCUGUUAGAAACAAUGUUUGCAAUUUCUAGUUUUAUUCGCACAUUUUUUUCGCGCUAUUAUCUAUUAAAUUCACACUCCUCUGUCUAUGAGCUGAGUGCAUGAUUCAAAGCUGAAUUAUUUUGUAAUAUUCUAUUUUCUAACCGAAUGAUUCUUAGAAUCUUCUUCAAAAUUGCUACAUUUUGAUUAUGCAAUGGCCCAAUUCAUAUCUGUUUGUGGA